UCGAAAUCAGAAACGAGUGCCAGGUUAACGUGCAUUAUUGUUUUUUCGUGUCGAUUACCAGCGCAUCAUAAAUAAAAAUGGCGACUGCUUCGCCGAUCAUCCAAGCUCUCCGAAAUUUCUUGUCGGGGAGGAAUCUCCAGGGCAAGCUACAGCUUCGCUAUGCCCCAGAAGUAGCUCCGAGGACCAUUCCUGAACCCAAUCUUCCGGAUGGCGUCUCCCACAAACUCUCGGCUAAUUACUACUGCUCAAGAGACGGCCGGAGAGAGUCCAAACCAGCAACUUUAGUCUACUCGAGCGUGAAGCGACUUGCCGAGCCAAAGCCCACCGAGGGUUCAUCAGAAGUCCCUGCCGUCCGUAAACCAGUCACCCCUGGCACCAUGCCAACGUGGGAAAUAUCACCUGACGAACCCUACCUCAAGUGAUCAACGGACGACGCUUAGUUUGUAAAUAGAUUUUAGAAAGAACAAAAAUCACAAAAAGAUAUAACGUUUAAUUAUUAUUUUGAUCUCAACACAUCAUUUACAAUUAGUUGCCUUUUUUGGUGUACUAGAUGAUUUAUGCAUGUAAUAGCAAAAAUAAACAACCCAACAACUAACACAAACAAACAAAGUAACCAACAAACAAAAUUUGGGGUGUUCUCUCUGAGCGAGCCCUGAUUGUCUAUUCCAGUUUUGCUUGAUUGCUGAUAUUUGAGUCCUUUUGACUGUUUGUUUUGAACACUGCCCAUAAAGAACAAAGAAAAUGACAAUUUGUGAGACUGUCAACACAAAUCUGAAAUGCUCAUUCGGCACAGUGCAUGUACGGUUAUCUGGAGGUCGUAGGUUCAAACCCCACUCUUCUCAACAUUUUUGUUGACCGUAAUAUUGUUUCAGUUUAAUAUUAACAGUUUGCAAUCGAUAGGAGACAGAUAAAGUUGUGUGUGUCCAAGCAUUGUCAGAUCUCCAAGUAAUAGUUCAGUGUGAAUAAAGG